CAGAGCAGAGAGAAAUUUGAGAGCAGCCACCAGCCAGCUAUUCCAACUUUUUUCGUGUAAUGUUUACAUCAGCGAACAACGAACAUCCUCUUUUACGAUAUAGGCAUUAAAUAUUACGUUUAUUUUACAAAAUAAUCGACAAAAUCGUAUUGAAAAAUGGAUGUGGUGGCUCCAAACCAACUACAGCGAACUUGACGAUUGUUUUGCAGAAGUAAACUGGAGUAAACGCUUGAUCAGGCUAAUCAGUGUGCAAACAGGAACAACAUUUCAUAACAAUUAUGGAGACCAUUAAACAUUUAUGGAAUGUCAAUCAGUUUAUAACGAAGCUGAAGUGUCCAUUGGUUACAGAUUUACAGAUAUUUUACAUGCAGAAAUGUAAAAGUUUUAGCAACAGUAUAGAGUUGCCACAGCAAAAUUUUGGACCAUUAAUGGCAUGUUCGCAUUGUGGAUCACUUUGGAGUACAGUGGAUCAUCAAGUUCGGAUAGCAAGAGGUAGAAAAAUGUCUAAAUCAGUGAAAAAGAUUUUACAAUACAUUAAAGAAAAUCCAGGUCAAAAGAUUCCAAAAGUUCGUGCAACUUUAGCACAGAAAUCUAUAAAAAAUGAGAUGAAUAGAUUGGCCAUUAAAUGUUCUAUUUGUUCUAAGAACACUGAGUUACCAUUCAAGAAGAAUAGUCACUUAAAGUCGGUAAAGUUGAAUAAUUCACAGCCAGAGACACCACAAAGUAACCAUAAAAAGAAGAAAAAAAAAUCUAAGGAUAAAACUGCUGGUUUAAAUAUCUCAGGUUGCACAUCUGCAUUACAAUUAAAUAAGAAAGAUAAUAGUAUAACACCUACAAUAUCGCCUGUGAUCACGCCUAAAAUAAUUUCAAGUAAGAAAUCUAUUUCUCCCCAAAAAUCCAAGAAAUUGAAUAUAGAGCGAUUAAAACGUAUUAUGGAAAAUAAAACACCUUCAAAAGCAAAAAACUUGCACAGUUUUUUGGCCGAGUUAUAUUGA